UAGAAGACGAAACAAAGCCCUAGCCGAUGUUGGUGUCGCCGCCGCUGCGGACUUCGCUGGCUCCUCUCUGUUGGUGCCCGAGGCCGCCACCUCUUCUCUUCCGCUAUCGCAGGGUAUGCUACAUUCGUCCGCUCUUUUUCCACAAAAUAGUCAUUGCAUGAUGUGGAGUUCCUUAUCUGGCUUUAGUAGUACAUCGUGGAGAGGAUUUUCACGUGGUAGCUCUAAAGUUUGUAAGCUGGAUUUUGUCUUGACGGGAUUUCAUUUUCAUUGCUUUUCUACUCACCGCUCGCGGACUCGUCCGUUGCCAAUGGAAGAUUCCCAGCCAUCAAUGGUGGAAGAAAGUAAUGCAUUUUAUGUUGUUCGGAAAGGGGACAUUGUUGGUAUCUACAAAAGUUUAAGUGAUUGUCAAGCUCAAGUUAGCGUGUCGGUGUGCGGUCCUCCUGUCAGUGUAUACAAAGGUUAUGGUUUACGUAAAGAAACAGAGGAGUAUCUUGCUUCCCGUGGACUAAAAAAUCCUUUAUACAGUGUCAACGCAUCAGACGUGAAAGAGGAUUUGUUUGGAACCCUGUUGCCUUGUCCUUUUCAGCAACCAGAUGGACUUGCUGAUAUAUUGCCUAAAAAGGUGUCUUCACUGAAAAGAACAAAGGAUAUGCAAGCAGAUGGACUUGCUGAUAUAUUGCCUAAAAAGGUGUCUUCACCGAAAAGAACAAAGGAUAUGCAACCAGAUGGACUUGCUGAUAUAUUGCCUAAAAAGGUGUCUUCACCGAAAAGAACAAAGGAUAUGCAACCAGAUGGACUUGCUGAUAUAUUGCCUAAAAAGGUGUCUUCACCGAAAAGAACAAAGGAUGUGCAACCAGGUGGACUUGCUGAUAUAUCGCCUAAAAAGGUGUCUUCACCGAAAAGAACAAAGGAUAUGCAACCAGAUGGACUUGCUGAUAUAUCGCCUAAAAAGGUGUCUUCACCAAAAAGAACAAAGGAUAUGGAAACAGCUGGAUCUGGUUCCGUGUCAACUGCACAGUCAAAUAAACAUCUCAAACAAAAGUCUUCAUUGGAGGCAAAAACAAUAUCUCAUUCUGAUGUGUCUUGUAUUAUUGAAUUUGAUGGUGCUUCAAAAGGAAAUCCUGGAAAAGCUGGUGCUGGAGUAAUUCUUCGCAAUUUGGAUGGAAGUGUGAUCUCCCGACUUCGAGAAGGCUUGGGUGUUGUGACCAAUAAUGUUGCUGAAUACCAAGCGUUGCUUUUAGGAAUGAAGUUUGCCCUAAAGAAAGGAUAUAAGAAAAUUAAAGCGCAGGGAGACUCCAAAAUAGUUUGUAUGCAGGUAGAAGACCUCUGGAAAACCAAGAAUGCAACUAUGGCUGCCUUGUGUCAAGAGGCUAAGGCACUCAAGGAGUCAUUUUUGUCAUUCCAUGUCAACCAUGUUAAAAGGAGUCCUGCAUUGGUGGGAGCUUUAUUCACUGGACUCCUGUUUUCAUGGUUCAUUUUGGAAGGCUGGAGUUCAAUUCUGAUGCUGAUGCACAAGCAAAUUUAGCUGUAGACCUCCCGACUGGAGAAGUUACCGAGGAGCUUGACUAAGUUUAACGGAUUCAAAUUAGAGAACACAGUUCGAUGUGAUUCAGUAUCACAUGUUUGGUUCUGCUUAUGGUAAAAACUGACCAAUGCCUAACUUGAAGACAAAGGAAGACUGCAUUCGUGCAUCUGCUGAAGUUUGUCCACUUUCUAUCAAUUUCUCGUCUAAUGAUGUUAUGUGUAAACCUUAUACCAUGAAGCAGGAGGGACGACUUGAUUACGAUGCAGACCCUACUUUAAAGAUAUUCUAAGCAUGUAUUCGACUGUGUUGGCUUGUGUUUGAGCUUUUAAUUCCCAACCGCUGUUCAAUUGCUCCA